AUGUUGGUGGAUAGAGGAGGGUUAUGGUAUAGAGUUUUGGUGGCGAGAUAUGGUGAGGAGGCUGGGCGGUUGGAGGUUGGGGACCGGAGUGUUUCCACUUUGUGGAGAGAGUUAGCGAAGAUUAGGGAUGGUGUAGGAAAUGCAGGAGGGAGUUGGUUUGCAGAUAGGGUGGCGAGUAGGGUAGGGUCAGGGACUGAUACUCUAUUUUGGCAGGAUAGGUGGCUAGGUGAUGUUCCAUUGUGUAGGCGUUUUGGUCGCCUGUUUGAUUUAUCAAUCUAUAAGUCGGGCACAGUGGCCGAGAUGUUCUCUCUUGGGUGGGAGGAAAGGGGUGCUGCGUGGGGUUGUCGAAGACGGUUGUGGGAUUGGGAGGAGAAGAUGAUAGGCAAGUGUCGCCGUUUACUUCAUAAUUUUGUUGUGCAGACUGAUGUUUCUGACAGGUGGCAGUGGCUUCCUGGCACUUCGAGUGGGUAUACUGUGCGCGGGGCAUAUCAUAUUCUAGCACACCAGGUGCAACAGAUAGAUGAUGACAUUGGAGAGCUUGUAUGGCAUAAACAUGUACCUGUGAAGGUCUCUAUCCUAGCGUGGUGA